AUGUCUGGUAAAGAGAGUGUUGAUAAUCAGUAUAUAGGCUCUUGCGACGACAAAACGCUCGACGUGGUGAACCCAUACUCUCACGCCGUAGUGGGAGGAACUGCAUCCGCGACUAGCGCGGACUGUCUUACGGCCAUCGAUGCAGCCCAUGCUGCCUUCAAGACGUGGGAACAUUCUCUACUCCAGCAACGUGAAGACGUCCUCGUCAAGGCUGCCGGUAUCCUCUCACUGAACUCCAUGAAAGAAGAAACUGCCACGCCAAUCGACCGGAGUUUCUCACAGUCUUUUAUUGGUGAUUCAUCAAAACUUGGGGAUCUUCUGGGUGAUGAAAAGACCGCCUCGGACAGGGUUCCCGGCGUGGAGGUCGUCAUUCAAAGAAGGGCGAUGGGUGUGAUGCAAGUCGUUUUUGUAUUUCUCUUUGGCAUUGCUUUAUGGAAUGCGUCUAUCGUACUCAUACUACGCGCCAUUGCUGUGCCUAUUCUUUGUGAGAACACCGUCGUGCUCAAAUCAUCGGAAUUGAGUCCACAGAGUCAGUUCAUCGUCGCGGAACUAUUGCAAGAGGCCGGACUGCCUGCAGGAUUUCUCAAUCUGAUCUCCAUAUCGAGGGAGGAUUCGCCUACUUUGAGCGCGGAAAUCAUUGCACAUCCGUCUGUGCGGAGGAUCAAUUUCACAGGUAGCGAUCGUGUCGGAAGGAUAAUCGCAAGUGAAGCAGCAAAGUAUCUCAAACCUUGUGUUUUCGAACUUGGCGGGACGGCGCCUGCAAUUGUAAACUCUGCGGCGAAAGGUAUCGUAUCCGGAGCUCUCCUCUACCCUGGCCAAGUGUGCAUGUCUAGCAGCCAAGUUCUUGUACAGCAGGGCGUAUCCGACAAUUUAAUCUGCGAGCUCUGCAAAUCUCUGAAAGCCGGAGAUCCAUAUACGGACCCUACGGCUACGCUCUCCACUUUGUUUUCCCAGUCCUCUGCAGAGAAUAUACUGGGUAUAUUUCACGAGGCGAUUGGAGAGGGAGCGAAAGUCCUCAUAGGGGACAUCACGAGGGAUGGUUCCGUGAUACAACCCCAUGUGUUCACAGACGAGCGGGAAGCAUUUGGUCCUGAACUUUCAAUUACAGCCGUCGACACGAUCGAUGAAGCCGUAGAACUCGCUAAUAUGUCCGAUUAUACGCUUACUUCAUCUCUGUGGACGUCGGAUUUAGGUUCUGCAGAGAAACUGGUACCUCGGAUUCGAGCAGGUAAAAGUAAUGCGAUCCUAUACCUCGACGUUUCCUAA